CUGUCGUCCGUUGCCUGCUCCAGCCUUCCAGCUCAGGCACCACCUGUCCGUUGCUCCGGGUUCCCGGUUCCCUGGCGCCUCCGCCGCACCCCCGUGAACGGUACUAAUCUCCACCGCAGCAGCUACAAGUUGCACCAGUACCAUAGCUCAGAGGACACUCACUCCCUCCACUAGCCACCACAGUGCACCACUCCAUGCAUGUAUGACAGCCAAAACGCAAUAAGAAACAGAGCUCAUCGUCCUGCCCAUCACUCACAACUUCCCUUGGCCUCUUCCAUGUCUGCUGCCGCCGCAGCUCCCGUGACCGCGAGCAGGCUUCUCUGCUAAUGCCGGGCGGGGUAGGGAUGCAUGGGAGGAAGCAGUAGUCUAGUCUAGCACCAGCAUCUUUGUGACUUGUGAGAGACUAAUUUGGACGCCAUUCUGCUUCUGCACAUUGUUGGUGUCCGGUCACCACUCACCAGCACCUGUCCCUCAGGCGGCUUUGCCGCUUUACAUCCAGCCCUCUGAAUUCCCCUGUACCCGAUCACCAAAGUUCCAUUCGCAGCUGCCGGUACGUACAGUCCCCGAUCACCAAAGCCGGAAAGCAAUCGCCAAAGGAGAUUGGCGUGUGCAGUACACAUUCUUAAUUUGAUCAACUUUUUGCUCCGCCGGUUCUUGCUGAUCGAUCCAGCAGUGUCGCUGAAGGAAUCGCCGUCUUCUUGGCCGGCAAUGGCGGCGGCUGGCCCGAGCUGCUUGCUGGCGUUGGUGUUCUUGGCGGUGCUGCUCCCGGGGGGCGCGCCGCUGCUGCAGGCCUCCCAGACGUGGACUCUGCUCAAGGUGCAGCAGCUGCUGGGCCGGCCGCCGGCGCUCCGGCACUGGCGCCGCACCACCGACUUCUGCGGCGGCGGCGGCACCGUCGCCCCCUCCGCCUCCGUCGUCUGCUACGGGGACACCGUCACGCAGCUCCACGUCGCGGGCGGCGCCCAGGGCGCUCCGCCGCUCCCGCUUAACUUUUCCCUUGGUGCACUGGUCACCACGCUGUCCAGGCUCCCCGACCUCAAGGUGCUCACGCUCUCCGGCCUCGGCCUCUGGGGCCCCCUGCCGGGGAAGCUGGAGCGGCUCGCCGGGCUGGAGAUCGUCAACAUGAGCCGCAACUACCUCUACGGGCCCAUCCCGAGGGGCCUCUCGCGGCUGCAGGGCCUGCAGACGCUCAUCCUCGACGACAACAUGAUCGGCGGCGAGGUGCCGGGCUGGGUCGGCACCGCGCUGCCGGCGCUGGCCGUGCUCAGCCUGCGGAACAACUCGCUGGCCGGCGCCGUGCCGGAGUCGCUCGGGAAGGCGCCGUCGCUGCGCUCGCUCGUGCUCGCCUCCAACAACCUCUCCGGGAACCUCCCCGACAUGCGCGGCCUCGCGAACCUCCAGGUGCUCGACGUCGGCGGCAACUCGCUCGGGCCGGCGUUCCCGAGGCUCGGGAGGAAGGUGGCGUCGGUGGUGCUGAGCCGGAACAAGUUCACCGGCGGCCUGCCCGCCGCCGAGCUCAGCUCCUUCUACCUGCUCGAGCAUCUGGACGUGUCGCUGAACCGCUUCGUCGGGCCGUUCCCGCCGGCGCUGCUGUCCCUGCCGUCGCUCCAGUACCUGAGCAUCGCCGGGAACAGGUUCACCGGGGCGCUCUCCGACAAGGUGCCCUGCGGCGACAACCUCCGGCUCGUCGACCUGUCGUCGAACCUCCUGAUGGGGAGCGUGCCGGCCUGCUUGAGGCCGGGCGGGAAGCCGGUGGCGGUGGUGCUCUCGUCGGAGAACUGUCUGGACAGGGGCGACGGCUCGCAGCACCCGUCGCCGUUCUGCCAGAACCAGGCACUGGCCGUGGGGAUAGUUCCUCGACACAAUGAAAAGAAGAAAGUUAGCCGGCACGCGGGCUUCAUCGCCGGCAUCGUGAUGGCGGUCGUCGUGGCUGUCUCGCUCGUCGGCGCCAUGGCCUUCUUCGCCAUCAAAAAAAUGACCAUGGAAGGGGCAAAGACGAGGCCCGCGGCGACAUUGAUGGAAGACCAUACUUCUACUUCGAGUGCCUACCCUUCCAAGCUGUUCGCCGAUGCACGUUACAUAUCACAGACAGUGAAGCUAGGAGCUUUGGGGAUCCCGCCAUAUAGAUCAUUUUCUUUGGUCGAACUCGAGGCGGCGACGAACAACUUUGCAAACUCUUGCCUGCUCGGGCAAGAUUCUUAUGGCGAGAUGUAUCUAGGGAAGCUAAGCAAUGGUGCCUCAGUGACAAUCAGGAGCCUAAAGGUUAAGAGGAACCAGAGCUCCCAAAGCUUCAACCGCCACAUCGAAACCAUAUCUCGGCUCAGGCAUCGGCACUUGGUCAGUGCUCUAGGGCACUGCUUUGAAUACGAUCUCGACGAUUCCACCGUAACCCAACUCUACCUCGUUUUCGAGUAUGUGCAAAACGGGAACUUGAGGAGCAGGAUUUCGCAAGGAACCGAAGGACGGAAGCUUACCUGGGGGCAGAGGAUAUCGGCCGCCAUCGGUGUCGCAAAGGGCAUCCAGUUCUUGCAUGGAGGGAUCAUACCUGGUCUAUUCGGGAAUAAUCUGAGGAUCAGCAACAUUCUUCUAGACCAGAACCAUGUCGCCAAAAUCGGCAGCUACAAUAUUCCAAUCCUAGGAGAGGCUGCAAAAUCUGAGGGAGGGGCUGGAAGCAGGCACCAAACUGACAGCACGAUGCUCGGCGACAAGAUCGACAUAUUUGAUUUCGGGGUGAUCCUGCUUGAGCUUGUGUCCGGAAAGCCGAUCACAUCCAUAUAUGAGGUGGAGAUCAUGAAGGAACUGCUGCUGUGGGCAAUGGCCGAGGAGGACAGGGCCAGGAGGAGGAGCUUCGUGGACCCCGCGGUGAGCAAGAGCUGUUCAGAGGAAUCACUGAGGACCGUCAUGGAGAUCUGCCUGAGGUGCCUUGCCAAGGAGGCGGUGCACCGGCCGUCGGUCGAGGACGUGCUCUGGAACCUCCAGUUCGCCACCCAGGUGCAGGAUGACUGGGAGGGGGAGAUCCGGAGCGGCGACGGCUCCCCGGUGUCGUCGUCCCGGACCGCCAGGUCGUCUAGAUUCAGCAGAUAGAUGAUAAUAAACCAGCUGUUUCUCCCGUCCAAAAUCAUCCAGCUCCCAGGAGGAUGGAUGAACAUGCAGCUGCCGGUGAUGAGUUAUCCUCGAGGAUGUGCACAUAAGGAGGCUCCAACUACUAUUGUUGUUUUUCUUCUCAGUGUAGAGCUCUUUUUCCCCUUUCAAUCCCUCUCUUGUUUCUCCUCUUUUUUCCCUUUCGAUCCCUCUCUUGUUUCUCUACCUGAAGCCUUCAUCUCAGAAGUCCUCUCUAUGCUAGUAAUAAUAAUGUCGGGCAGGCAUCUUUUCUUUCUCUA